UCUGUUGAAGUUCUGCGCAUGCGCGGAGCGCCCGCGGAAAUUCAAAUGCUCGAGCUCAGCUGACAGACGCGGACGUUUGAAAACUCCACAAACUCUGCCACGGUUAUUUUACUGAGGUCAUAAGAUGGAAAAUCCGAAGAGACCUAGAGAUCCAUUGGAGGAAAACACUUCAGCCUCUAGUGAACUUGAAAAUGUGUUGAAGAAAAGGCGGCUGGCAGCAGGGGGAGAGGAGAACCUGGACCCCAAGAAAUCGCCUUCCAGGACACGCUUGCGAUUGGCAGAGCUCGAGGUGAAAUCAGACACUCCUGCCAUAACCUCUAUCCGCUCCAGAGUCCAGCAACUCAGCCAGAGACGAGAUGGUGGGACUGGGUUAGUCCAGCGCUGUCUGUCAGACCCGGGGUCCGAGGGUUGCACUGACAGCAUGUCCUCGCAGAUCUGUCAUAUCGGUGAGGGAGAGUUUAGCUCUCGCCUGGAGUGCUUCAAAGCUCCGACUCCACUGAACAGCCCCGGUCGCUCCACACCCUGCACACGCAAUCUCUCCAGCUUUGUGCAUGGCAUCCAACAGCAGUUGAACGCUGCAGUGACACCCAGCAGUAAAGAAGCCUCCCGUAUCCGCCAGGCACGUGAGGAUGAACUACGUAAGUUGAAGGUUCAGCCAGUGGCAGAAAACAUAUGGUUGAAAAGGAGUCUGUCUGACUCUUCCCUCACUGAGAGGCCAUCUCCAUCCACAUCCUCUCCCUGGGUUUACAGGAAAAAUCAAAAACCCCAGUGGCCUCCGUUUCAGCCUGGGAGUGAAGAGUUAAAGGGAUCUGAAUUCAGCUCCUGUGAGGUUGACAGUAAGGUAUUUGAUGAAAGUCUGAACACCACGCCACUAUGCUCUGUGGACAUCCGUUUCCCCAAUGAAGAACUUUAUACGUCUAUAGAACCUGAGGCUUUGAACACUUCCACUCUAAUUGACAAGAUGUUUGAAGACGUCCUGCAGCAUGCAGAUACGGAAGGUGAAGGUGAAGAUGGAAAUGAGGAAGAGGGGGUGGAGAAGGAUAUAAGUUAUUCAUCAGAGACUGUAAAGGAAGACAAAACUGAAUCCGACACAGCUGAAAAGGAAGACAAACAGGAACCAGUCACAUUAAAUAAGUAUCCUCUUGAACAGAGUGAGAUGUGUGAAGAGAGUGAAGAAACUCCUGAUUCCAUGGAUGAAGAGAAGGAGCUCCAGUCUGUUGAUGAUGGUGAAGGAAAAAUGGAAGAAAAGCAGGAGAGUACCCCUAUGGGUGAUGAGGACUUUCUAACCCUGCCACCCAGCUGUAUCCUCUCUCCUCUCAGCAAAUCUGUGGAGGCUGUUGUCACACCACUGAUUGAAAUCAAUGUGUCUGAGCCAUCAGUACAGCCGCCCUCACCUGAAGAAAUGACAGCUGGUCCUGCUGACUGCGAUCAACCUUUAUACAGCAUUGAUGCCUACCGCUCACAGAGGAAAAUCCAUCCCCCCUCUACUCCCAGCUUGACCCCUGGAGUUCAGAAACCGGUUCGAGAGAAGACUUGCUUAAAAAAGCCCAUAAACAUCAAGGAGAGAAUUAAGGCUUUAAAUGAGGAGGCAGCCAAGUUGCAGACAAUCAUCACACAGACACUGCAGGCUCUGAGCUGCUGUAGUGACGAGGAACAUGGGAAAGGUUCCCAGCAGGAGGCAGAGGCUGAGAAACUCCUGCUGGUUUCCAGUGAAAAACGAGCAGCCUUACUGGCAGAGGUCAGCAGGUUGAGAGAGGGUAACGCUGGUGAAACAGACCCCCAAAAUGCACCUCUGCAGCCCUGCAGAGGCACAAUCAGCAUCAGCAGCAUCCAGCUGCCCUUAAAAGUGGAUUUUGUGUGCUCUGCUCGCACAGGUCGCCCAACACAAUACUUCUUAGUUUUGAUCCGUUAUGGCCCAUGUAAUAUUGUGGCAACACCUUUGGCUACAGCUGCUGAUGCCCAAAAUGGAGACACCAUCACCUUCCCAACUUCUAUUACAUUACAAGACAUUCGCUCCAAUUUUGAGAUUGACAUUGAGGUCUACAGUUUGUCCAGUACUCAGAGUACUUCCUGCAGCAUGAAUACUCAGCAGAUCCGCAGCUCAACAAAGUCAAGGGUGACACCCAAAAAGAUUCUCCACAGCAUCACAAAAUCUAACCAGAGUGUAAUGUCUGCUACUCUGCCUGGUCUGAGUGCCCAAUGCUCUAGUAACUUCACAUUAGUAGGCUCUCACAAGAUUACCCUGAAUUCAUUGGGACAGAGCAAGUUUCCUCUGGACAAGAUGAAAUUUGCAGGCAAAAUCAGGCGACUCCUUGGAGAUGAGUUUCAGGAAAAGGUUCCCUUCCUCUCUCCUCUAGAGGGCCACAUCUAUCUGCGGUUGCACGGCGAGGGCCACUCCAAAGUCCAGCAUCAGGGCUUUUUAACGAUGUUUGAGGAUGUGAGUGGCUUUGGAGCUUGGCAGAGGUUCUAUUUCCUUCUGGAAGGAGGACAACUUCUCUACUGGAACUACCCAAAUGAGAUGGGGAGCAAGCCAGCAGAUGGCUGUCUCUCUCUCUUUAGCUUCUGCAGUGUCAGGCCUGUGGAGCGAGAGUGCUGUGCACGGCCACACACCUUCGAAUUAGUAGAGACAGAUGCACUCCAGCAAGAACACAACCAAACCUUGAAGAAGUGCUGGUUUUCAGCAGAUACACGAGAAGAGAGGUCUGACUGGAUGGAGAAACUGAAUCAGACCUUACUGGAUUCUCGAACCUGGAACAAGAAGCCUGUCUCCAACGAUAACAGGGCCAGCACAUCCUCUAACACUGGAAACUCUCGUGAGAGCAUCCUGUAACACAACACAAAUGUGAACCCUCACCAUGUAACGCUAAGAAAGGAGAUCUCGGAGAAGAUCAUACGUGACACUAAAAAAAAGGACUGUUUUAUAUAAUAAUGCAUUACAAUCUACAUAUUCUACUACUUUAUUGGAUGCUUGCAUAAUAGUGGCAUGUUUAAGAUUUUUGAUCUGUCAUUGCAUCCUAUAGAUUGUGCUAUAUUUUAGAAUGGUUUACCACAUUAUAAGGAUAGAUGGUUUUGCCAUUCCAAUUAAUUUUCAGGUAGGCCAUGUAGUCAGAGCAGAUUGGUUUGAAUGCAUGGGGUAAGUAAGUUUCCUAAGUGCCUAUUUAUCUCCUGCCUUAUUCUGACAGUUGGCCAACUGAAUCAACUGAAUAAACUGAUCAACUGAAAUGCUUUACAUUUUAAUGCAAUAAUCUGUAAUGGGUUAUGCUUAUGUAUGAGGGUGUCCUAAAUUACAUGAUAUGAAGUUUACUGCAUUAGUAGGGAAUCGAUGUUUGUCGGCUUUCGACUAAAGCUUUUUUAUUUUUCAUUUACUCUGGGAACAAUUUAUAUGACUGUCAAACUGCAGUCUUCAUCUAGAAGGGAGAAUUGUUUUUAUUUGAAUGUACAUUAAUAUAUGAAAUGCAUGCAGAAUCGUAUAGCUUUGAUUUUUCUGGGAGGACAGUUUCAUAAUGUAGCUCUUUAUGAUUUGAUUUUGAAAAAUACUGAUGAAUUUUUACUUCAGAAAUUAUUUUGGGAAUACCUGGCCAUGCGUUAUACCUAGUGAGGUUAGAAGACAAGUCUUGCCAACAUAAACUAAACGGAGUAUACUGUACUCUGAUGGUCGUUUGGGGUUCUUGGGUUAUAUUUUGGAAUGUGCAAGUAUAAGAAUAGCACUACAGAGCUGUCAGUCUGAAAAUACUGUGAUAAUUCAUGCAGGGGGAGCAAGUAAUGUUUAACCUUAUGAAUUCUUUGAGAUUUAUUUGAAGCUUCAGUAGGUUAUAUCUGUUUGUCUUGUAAAAGAAUGUACUGUACACUAGAGACUGUGAAAUUGAUGGGAAGUGUUUUUGUGCCAUGUUUUUCCCAAGUAUGUGUUUUUGCCAAGGGUCUCAUAUGCUAUUUCUGUGUUAAACUAUAAAAAACCAUGAAAUAUCCUGGUAAAGAUACUGUAAAAUAAAUAUGGCUGUUAAAACCGUAA